AUGGCGUCGGUGACUUUCUUUCACCUUCACGACCCAGAAGACGACCUCGUUCAGGAAAAACAUCAUCACCACCACUACAAACAAACACUCACCCUUGAUUCCCUCCCUUAUUGGUCUUGUGAUUUCCACUUCUUCUCUUCCUCCGAUGCCAAUCUCCCUCACCCAGACGACAACGCUUCGCUCCCCAAUUCUGUCAUUGUCAACGGCUCCGAUCUCUUUGACCUUCACGAGAACCAAGUCAACUUCGUCAUCAAUCUCUUCCACCAACGCGUUGAACAAUCUCAGGUUAAUUCUAGUAAUGCCCCCAAUAAUAAUUCCAAUUCUGAUAACGAAAAUGGUAAUAAUACUAGCAAUAAUGAUGUCGCCGAAUUGGUUUCUGAUGUUUUGAGCGAAUCUGAUUUUGGUGUUAUUGAGGGAAAUCAUGAGUUGGAUUUAGGGUUGGCGUUAGGUUUUGAUUCCAUGGAUACUAAUUCGAGUGAUGUUGAGAUUGAUAUUUGUGGCAGUGAAUAUGAGACGACCUUUCUUUGUGGAAAGGAGGAUUCAGAGGAUGGUGAUGAGAAUGAGAAUGAUAACCGGAUGCUCACAAUUGAUUUUAAUUCUAGGGAUGAUUAUGGUAUUGAUGAUCAUGUUAACGAUUAUUAUAAUGUUGGUGCUGAUGGUGAUGUGAGUGUUAGUAUUCUACUUUUCUGGUAUUCACUUCAGUUGGAGGAUCUUUGGGAGACCAUUGAAGAUUUCGAGUGGGAGGAAGUGGAUGGUAGUGGAUUUCUUGAUAAAGUGGAAGACAAUGCAGCCAUCUGGAUAUGGUCCGAGAAGACACAGCAAGAGAAGGGUGACAGCCUGAUGGAGGGAUAUAUGUCAGAAUUAUUGGAUUUCACUCGCACCAGUGUGACUCAGAAUAAUCUCCAAGAGUUGAAAAAGGUACGGGACCAAUAG